AAACAUUAAAAAUAUUUCGAAAAUGCCUCAAAUUAUAUAAAAGUGGCUGCAAAAUUCCAUGGGUCAAAAAUCCCAAUUGAGAGUAGCCGAAAAACCAGUUCGUGCGUAGUUUUCCAUGUCAUGUUUUCCCCCAAAGCGAGCUCCAAACAAUUUCCCAUAUCAUCCAUCGUUGCAACGAGUUUCGCACGCUUCGUCUUUACUUUUUGCACCGUAGUUGCUCUCCGCUUUGCUCUGCUGCCGCACGUUACUACUCACAUAUGUACACAGAGGCACAAGGAAUAGGCAAUAGCUCCGACCCCCUCCCCCUCCCUUCCAUUUUCCAUGCUCCCACAUGGGCAUCGCAUCCAAUUCCGAAGUGUAGUAAGUGCACUUUGGUGAGCGCGACAGGGUUGCCAGAGCGACGCAAUUUUGCGCAAUAGCUGGGUGGGAAUGGGCGAAGAAUUUAAUGAAUGGGAAAAACAAAAACUGCACACUAAAACAACUCGGCCGUAGGAAAUGUUAAUUCAAUUCGCUAAUUAAUGCACGUGCAAUUAAUUAUAGUGCUCAACUUUGUAAUGUUGCUUUGUAAUACAAGGAGACUAUAAUCAAUGGUAGCGAUAAAUAAUGUAAAUGCAAUAACAGAUAAUAGUCCGAGAAGUCAAGUCAUUCACCCAUCCAUCUGGUAACCCUGGAAAUUGCAACUGAGAAGAGAGUGGGAGGCACAUGGUGGAAUAAGAAUGGAAGAAGAGAGAGCAGUCUCCAGCGCCAGCGCAGAGCACAGAUUUGCGGAGAUGCCACAUCGUGCGCAAUAAGUUUUCAGUUGCAGCUAGCCGGUGACGCGAAUGGGCCUUGUGCUACAGAAGCUACAGACUAACGGGGCACAUAGUAACGCCGUAGUAAUCAGCGGAGUCAGCAGGCGUAGGCGGAUCCAAAACCGUUGCACAACUGCACUUUUGCUGCGGAAAACUGGAGAAGCGCGCGGAAAAUAAAGGGAACACGUGAAUUCAGCCAACACUUCGACGGCGCGGAAUCUCGACGUUACCGUUUAAUUGCGGGCAGUGCGGUGGUGUCCUUUUAGUUUCCCGUCUGGCUUCCGUUGUUCCCGUGCGAAAAAAUCAAUAAUUCCGUGCUGUAUAAGUUACGGCGAAAGGUGCGCGGACUCGGUUUUCGUUCGGCUCUCUCUCACCGCUUUACCGUUACUCGCUAACUACGGAAAUUACAACCGCCGAGAGAGUGUGGGCGACACACAGAGAGAGAGAGAGAGAGAGAAGGACAACUUACAACCCAAGUGAGAGAGAACGUAAACGUGAUUGAAAUUUUUGCACAAAAGGAAGCGCCGCUUACGCUUUACACGCGCGCCAAAGCAAAGAAAACGAGAGAGAGGAAGCGGAAUCAGAAAACGAAGUAGCGCGUAAAAAUAACAAACAAAAAUACAUGCGGAGGCGUAUAAAUAGAAACAGCGUGUAAAGCGCAACGGCAAAAAAGUCAGUAGUAUGUAGUAAUAGUAGUAGAAGGAGAAACCGGAGGAGACAGAACAUCGAAGCCGACUGCGGCGCCGGCGCCGACGCUGACGCUGACUGCGACGUCGUAGUAAGUUUUUUCUGCACUCUGUGUGUGUGUUUGUGUAUUUCGCGCGCGUGUGCGUCGGUGUUUGUGUGCUUUGCGUGGGUGCUGCAACGUCGUUUUACGCACACAGCGUAGAAUGUGGAAUAAAUAAAAGUCCGAAGAAGAGGAGCUGAGAGGAAAAUCAUGAUAAAGUUUGUCAGGCAAAAGAAUCGCGAAAACUCACUAAGGGCAUCCAAAAAUUUUAUGCGAAAAAAGCGUGAAUCGAAUGACUCUGGCACCGAAUCUGAUGGUGAACUCCUCGAUGUGGAAAACCAACGUCACUUAGACGUGGAUAUGGAAACUAGUGUUGCUGGCCAACAAAAAUCAAUCACUGCUCCUGCAAUGAUGUGUCACCAGCCGAACUCGUCCUCAUCCUGCGCCCAUCUCAUGUACGACCAGCACAGUUCCGAGGAGGAGCUCGAGGUGAUCAAUGGGCCGUCGUCGCAGGCAGGUCAGCAUCCUGGCGGAACGACGAAUGUGGCGGGAACGGGUGGUGGUUCCUCCUCGUGCACAUCCAGGAUCUCUAAUCGGGGCUGCAACUCUUCGUUGGACACAGAGGCGCCCCCAUACGAGGAGCGGGCCACCACAUCCUCAAACUCAAAGCGCUCCACCAGCUCCACUCUAAUGGUGGAGAAUCGUAAGCGUUCGCUGGCCCAUAGCUCCGAUGAUGAGCUUCGCAACUCGCUGGAGCCCAUAUUGACGCCCGUGAAUUUUCGUACAUCGCCGCCAUUGGAGGCAUUCAAGCCAAAUCGUAGCCAUAUGAUGUUCCGCUCCACAACGCCACUGAUAUUAUCGGAGGCCCGUUGUGGCAUCGAAAAUAUUCAAUUAUGUGAUAAUAGUGUUAACGAGGAGAAUGGCGGCGGCGACUCAGGAGCAGGAACAGGAGCAGCAGCAGCAGCAGGAGUGGGAGCAACUAGCAAGUGUGCCAAGAUUGGCAACGCACCUGGGAAUGGAGGCAAUGAGAAUGAGCCAACAACGAGCGUGAUAAAGGCAUGCAGCAGCUCCCUGAAGAUGAGCAAUAGCAGCCAUCACAUUUAUCAGCCGCAGCCCAAGUAUAGUUUCCAUUACAAUAGCUCGAGGAGCAGUCCGGCCAGCACCACCGGCCUGGAUAUGGAUAUGGUUCGUUCAGUAAGUCCGCCAGCGAAGCUUUUUCAUUGCGCCAUAUCGCCGCGGAGGCGACCUAGCAGUAAUAAUGCCAGCGGCGGAGGAGGAUCAGGAUCAGCCACAACAACGACACAAAAUGCUGCCAAUUCCGGAAACGGCAAUGCCGGAAACGCCGCCGCCGCCACACAGAGACUGCAGCGACCGCAUCGGCCGUGUUUAGAUUUUGAUAAGAUGCAGCAGGUGAGCCUCUAAUGCAGAGAGCGCUAAAAGCAAGGGGCAAGGAUCGGAAAAGAGGAGUAGAAACCGGGGCAAAUCAAAGACUUUUAUACGAGAGACACAGCAGAGGAGCCGAAGUACCUAAGGAUUGAGGUAUGCCUCCAGUGAGAACCCCCCAGAGAGGAGCAGCAGCAAGCGAGAGAGAGAGAGGAAGUGGAAGAUAUAUCAUCAAAUCAAAUUAAAAAAUAUUAAAAACAAAAAGGUAAUUCACAUUUUAAAAUACAAACCAAAUUAAAAGAGAAACCACUAAAAUUUACAAUAGAAAAGCAGCAGCUAUUUUUUCACAACUUUUAAACCUAAAAGAAAAUAAUAAAAAAACAUGACAGAAAGCAGGGGAAAGAGAGAGAGCGCAGAGUAGAAAGCUGUAAAAAAAAAAAGCUAAGGAUAUAUAGGAAAGACUCACUUGGACAGGAAGCUCGAUGUAAAGGAGUUGAAGAACAAGAGAAAGCUGAGAUUUAGAUUGUAAACGAAAAAGAAAUCCAGUUCUUUGUAAACUGUAUAUAUUGUGUAUUUGAGGAAUUUUUGAAGAAUUGGCGAGCCAUCGAUAGGAGCAGAAGUAUUUUAAUUUUUUUAAAAGUGAUUGAUAUUGACAGAAGACUCGAACAAAAUUAUAUUUCUAUAAAUUGAAGGUGAAGAACGAAUAUGAAGAGAAAGGAAAGUGAAAAGUAAGGAAAAAUGGAACAAAAAAUAGCAACAGCAAAAAAAAAAAAAAAAAAAAACAAAAUGUGAAGAAACAAUAGCAACUGAAAGAUUAUUAAAACAAAAAACAACACACUUUUGUAUCAAAUCGAAAGCCGAAAGUAACUGGGUAACAGUUUAAAAACAGUUAAAUAUGUGUUUAAAUGUACAACAUAAAAUAGCAAGCUAUUUUAUAAACAAUAUUCAAUUUAAUCCAAACAAUUAAGGGAGAAACCAAGAAGAAAACAAAGAAAAAACAAAAAGCUGCCAUCAACAUUCAUGCAUUAAAGCGGUUCAGUUUUACCAAUAUUGAUUGAUUGAUUGAUUGAUUGAUUGAUUGAUUGAUGAUGAUAAACGCAACAAUUAAACAAUUGGCAAUAUAAUAAUUUCUUUGUCAAAGCAAAAAAUAAAAACCAACUAAAACCCCAUAUUCAAUUCCAAGAAAACCAAAUAAAAAGCAAAAGAAAACUUAAACCAAUAAAUGUGUGCAUCCAUAGCAAAAAGCAAAUGAAUUAAGCAAACAAAAAAUACAUUUUUAAGUACCAUAUAUAAAUAUUAAAAGCAAGCAAGAAUAUUCAAAACUAAUUGCUAAUUUUAAAUCAUAUUUAGUAUGACGACGAAAUUUCAGUUAAUGCCAACCACAAAAAACGUAGUCAAAUGGUAUUUGAUAAUUUUUUCUCUCAAUAAUCAUCUCUAAAAACGUUUCACAGAAUCACACCCAACAAACACUAAAUACAUUCAACCUACCAAAACAAACAACAGCAUAAUCCACACCACCUACACACCAAGAAUAUAUAUAAUAUAUAUAUAUAAUAAUAGCGAUGAGAUCGAAGAGAAACAUCAGGCAAAGUUAGGAUCGGGCUGGGAGAAGAGUGACGAAGUGAUGAAGAAUGGAUACUGAAUAACUGAUGACUAGAAAUGCAGUUUUCAUAAUUUUUAAAUUAAUUAAGAGAAGGGAAAAUAUAUUAUCGGUGUGGCCACACAGAAAUCGUUAUCUAACAAGUGUGCAAUAAAAUAUUGAACACCCUUUCAAGGGAUUUAAGAUUUCUGUUGGCCUUCCCGAUAUAUCAAUGUAUAAUGAUGUGUAAACUGGAGAAGCGAAGAAAUGGGGGAAAUUAAGAUAUCAAUGGACUGAGCAUUACAUUAAAGCGUGAAAGUGGAGAAAGCGGUAUGUGAAGCAAACCCAAUACUAGGAUUUUAGUUGAUAAGUUCUUAAGUUCGUGGAAAGGAAAACAUUGUGAACAAAAAACGGCUAACAAAUAUGGAAAGCACACACAAAAUCUAUGAUUUAUUUGAAUAUUUUUCUGAGAGAAACAAAACAAAAAUGAAACAAAACAAGAAAAAAAGAGAAAAACAAAAAUUAUGUUGUAAACAAAAAGGAAAAAAAAAAAACAAACAAAGAUUUCAUUGUGUUGUACAUAGUUACAUUAAUUACAAACAAUAUAUAUAUCUUACUCAUUAACUAUUAAGUCGAUGAACGGUACAAGUGCAACAAAAAAAGGAAGAAGCGAAAAAAAUAUGAAAAUAAAAACAAAUGGAGAACAAUUAAAAAAACAACAACAAAAGAAGGAAUAAUGAAGACAAGAGAAGAGAUGAACAAAAAACAUGAAAAUAAUAAAGAAAUGCUCUGCAAAAUAGAAGUUUA